GAAGGACACAACCAACAUUUUUAAGAGUACUACAGUACGGCUCGGCUCUCGGCUGGUCAACGGUUCUCAUUAAGUUUAGUAUGAAAGAAUCUCGUAGACGGUUAACAUUGCGUCUUCACCUUAAAGCGUUUUUUAUACUUUAUUGAGAAAACGUAGAUAUAGGUAUCCUAUAAACGCGUGUUGACUUUUUACUUUAUAAAUUAUUAUACCAUAUAUUACGGUAAAAGUGAAACAGUGCUGUGUAUUUAAAAUUAAAAUAUGGUCCCUCGAAAAAUGCCGCCUGGUUCCUGUGAUUUUCAGUUGCCUCAUCAGUGAUCUUCUAUGAUCUCCAAGGAGAAUGUUUUUGUUUAUGUACAGGGCACUGCUAGUUUUACAGGCUCUAACGGGUUGUGGGUUAAUCCAUGGAGCCCUGAAUGGAGUGGAGCGUCACAAAGGGCCUACCCGGCCCUGAGCAUUGACAGAUGGCGACAGGGGCCUCGGCGCCUAUAGCGCCAGGACCGGAUUCUCGACACGAGUCCGACCUGUACAUCAGGCCUGGCUGGGUGGAUGGAGAUGUCGCUUUGGCGCAAAUAAAUCAGGAAAAAGCAGUUGGUGAUCGCGGCAUCCUAUGGAUUCGGAGCAAGAUUCAGAGACAGCUAAAAUCCUUUGGAAAAACAUUGGAAACUCACGCCGGGAAAUUUUUGUUUGUCAGUAUCCUGGCUAUAGCGACCUUUUCGGUGGGACUCAAAAGUAUGAUGUUUCAUACUGAUAUCGAACUUCUAUGGGCCGAACCCCCAACCACCCCCGAGGCUUCGCCUAAGGAAUUGCUCUCUACUCACCAAAUGGUUGUGCAGACUGGAGUAGAUCCAGAUGUUGAUCUGCUUAAUCCACAUGGCCUUUUGGAGCACUUACUUCUAGUCCAAAAAGCCACACAAGUUAGCGUUAAUAUGUUCGAUAUAACAUGGAGAUUGAAAGACUUUUGCCAAUCACCUAGCAUUCCUAAUAUAGAUGCUCAUUAUAUUGAGCAAAUGUUUGAAAACAUAAUGCCCUGUUCUAUUGUUACUCCACUAGAUUGCUUUUGGGAGGGAUCUAAACUUCUUGGACCUGAUUAUCCUGUACAUAUACCAUAUGGUAUUGGAGAUCAAAUAAAGUGGACAAACCUCAACCCAGAAGAUUUAGUACAUCGAAUGAAAAACAAAGAAUCAAAUUUCGACUAUCAUUCCCUGGAAGAUUACCUAAAACGUGCUGGUAUAACCAGUGGUUACCAAAAAAAGCCUUGCCUUGACCCCAAAGAUCCAGAAUGCCCUUUAACAGCCCCCAAUAUCAACUCAUCAAAUCCCUUGGAUGUGGGUGCAGAACUUACUAGUGGAUGUUAUGGCUUUGCUGCAAAAUAUAUGCAUUGGCCUGAAGAACUUAUUGUCGGUGGAGUAAAAAAAAACAAAACGGGCCAUAUAAAGGGAGCUAAGGCAUUACAAACUGUGGUUCAGCUAAUGGGGGAGCAGGAACUCCAUGAUUUUUGGGCUGGACAUUAUAAAGUGCACCACAUUAGUUGGAACCAAGAGCGGGCAAGUACAGUUUUGAAUGCUUGGCAGAAAAAGUUUGCACAGGAAGUAGAUCGUCUCACCAGAUCCAAGAAGAGUUCCUCUUCGUCAUAUUCAUUCGUAACCUUUUCGACUGCAAACGUGAAUAAAAUUCUGAAAGAAUAUGCGAGAACUGACUUUAUAAAAUUCGGUAUAGUGAUAGGCGUAGUGUCUGUGUAUGGUUGGGUUAUUCAAUCUCCGUUAGCUUUUAUAGGGACAGUAGUCCUAUCUAGCACAGCUGCAGCAGCUUUAGGAGUAUGUAGUUUAAUCGGGCUACCAAUGAACUUGCUCAGUACGCAUGUAUUACCUUUCGUGACUGUUGGUCUUGCCAUGCGUGAUAUGUUCCUUAUGUUAAAUACUCACAAUAAAAACUUAAUGCCGUCUGAAAUAUUACUACGAACUGGACCUAGUAUAGUGUCCGCAAUGUUAAUCAAUGCUGCCGCAUUUCUUGCAACUGCAAUUUUGCCAGUGCCCGCACUUAGAGUAUUCGCGUUACAGUGCGCGGUUAUGGUUAUCUUCCACAGUGCCGCGCUACUUAUUAUAUUUCCUUGCCUGUUGGCUCUGGAACAGCGAUGUAGAAAAUCUGAUGUACCUUGCUUUAGAAGUGAUACCAAAUGCAAAACAUCUAAUAUCCAGAACAAUAAUAAUAACCCGGAGCAUGGAGCGAACCUUUUAACAGCCGAAGUCAUUUGCCAACAAAAAAAAAGCAUUGUGUCAUACUUUGUGAUUCGAUACUUCCAGUCGGUGUUACUUCAACCAGCUGUUAAGUUGAUUGUAUGCUUAGCCUACGCCAUAUUAAUAGUAUUUUUUGUGUUCAAUAUUCUUAAGUUGCAAUUUGAUGUUAGACUAUCCACAUUUUUGCCAAGAAAUACUCAGGAAUACAAGUAUCUCGAAGCACAAAAUAAUUAUUUUGGAUUUUAUAAUUUUUAUUUAGCUACUACAGAGUUGGAAUAUCCAUUUAAUCAGCCGUUACUUCACGAAUAUCAUUCAUCACUUUCUCAUGUUCCUCAUGUACUUAAAGAUUCGAAUGGUGGUUUGAGUAUGAAUGAUUUUUGGUUGGAGAAUUUCAAGGAAUAUCUUGAAGAUCUUCAAAGAGAGUUUGACGAAAGUAGAAACGCCAGUUGCCUGAAUAGCGAAAAAUGGUUCCCAAAUGCCACCGAAAAAGCAGUAUUAGCAUUUAAGUUAAUGGCACAAACUGGCAUUGUAGAAUUUCCAGUAGAUAAAAGUACGAUAUUUAAGAAAAGACUGGUACAAGGUGGUAUUAUUGAUCCCAAAGCAUUUUACAAUUAUUUGUCCGUUUGGAAUAGUAACGAUCAGAUAUCGUAUAGUAGUAGUCAAGCGGACUUGACACCAAAACCAUUUCAAUACUAUAGUUCAAAAGCGGAAUUUGAUUUGAAAAUUCCUAGAUCACAACCAUUGACUUACACUCAAAUGCCAUUUUACCUCAAAGGACUUAAAACUACCGGAGAUAUUAUAUCUACUUUAAAGCAAAUUAAAACCAUUUCUGAAGAAUUUAAUAAUAGAGGCCUCAAAAACUAUCCUAUAGGGCUUAUUUUUGCUUUCUUCAAUCAGUUCCUACUUCUAGAGAGAUUAAUAUCCGCACAGUUGGUACUCACCCUAGCCUCAGCAGCUUUAGUUGCUUGCCUUUCAGUUAAAUGGACUAAAUUGUGGUGUUCUUUAUUUGGAGUGAUUGGAGCUAUGCUUCCCCUAUGUCUUGUCAAUAUAAACGCGUUCAGCAGUACUAUGGGAGCUUUGCAUUUUAUUAUUGUUGGCAGAAAUGUUCUUCUAUUAACCACAGGGUUUUUAAGUGCCGUGGGUAGCAGAGAAAGAAGGGUAAAAAUGUCUUUAGAAAUCAAUGCUGAUCCGAUAAUUAAAGGCGAUUUAGGACUUCUAAUAUCUAUUUUGAUUCUCACUAUAUCAGAAUUUGAAUUUAUCCAUAACCAAUUUUUUAUGUUCCUAAUUAUAUCCAUAGCAACCUCAUUCGCAAAUUCGUUAAUAUUCUUUCCUUUGAUGCUUGCUUUGAUUGGCCCAAAGGGUGAAAUUGUUCCUAUUGAGCACGAGCAUAGAAUUUCAACUCCACCUCCAUCAUCUCCACCGCCACCUCCAGAAAAUCCUAAAGUUUUCUCCAAGCCAUCCCGCAGAAAUACCACCAGUAAACCCACUAGGGAAACUAGUUUAACAACAAUAACAGAGGAAAGUUGCAAUCAGAGUAUCGUCGUUGAACCCCAAGUAACGGUCGAGUACAGUAGCCCAGAAUCUAGUUCAAGUGGACCUUAUACAACUAAAGUAACUGCAACUGCAAAUAUUAAAGUGGAACUUGUUACGCCAGUGUAUCGUUCCAGCAAGUGCAGUAAUAAAUGCCAUAGGAACUCAAAGUGUAGUACUCGAGUCAGGCAAAAACCUGUUCCAACUCAGUCUCAGCAGCAGCAGUGCAAAUGUUGUAAGGACUCUGAUAGUAGCGAUAGUACUGCCGAGGCAGAGCCUUGCCAGUCAAGCUAGCAUCUUGUUACCAUGCUAGAAUACUUAAUUUAACCAAUUCUAUGGAUUUUCUUUUAAAUUAUUAACUAUAGGUUCAGAGUACAGUUUUAUUUGUAUACCUAAUAAAAAUAAUGAUUUUGGCAGUAUUAUUUUAUAUUAGUGCAUAGUGCAUGGCACCUAUAGCCUGUUAGGUGGUUGACAUUAAUUUGAUAUUGAUCGCCAACUCUUCAAAAGUGAUACGAAUACGGCUAAGGUAGGUGUGGGAAAAAUUAUCUUGCUCCAUAUCAAUGCAAUAGUUUUAAAGAUUGACAAGAAACUAAAACAUUUUUGAUGAACAUAUUUUCUCCGUGCGUAUUAAAAAAUACAAUUUGAUCGCAACUACAAAAAAAUUUAAAAUUCAACAAUUAAAAUAAUGAAAAUUAGGUAGGUACCUACCUAUCACCUGACUAGUAGUAACUUAAAAGCUUUUGUUCAUAAAAAAACAUCUACUUAUACAUUUUUGAUUGGUGUGUUUUAUUUUUCUAGCUAUGGUAAUUUUUCUCUUCUUUUUAUAGAAAUGGUUAUUUUAAGUGAGCCAAAAAAAAAAAAAUGUAUAAAAUGUUCAUAUUGCAUAUAUGUAUACCAUCCAUUUAUUUAUUUUUUUAAAAAUCAUGUAAGAUAUUUACUACUUUAGAUUUAUUUCUCCUAUAGGUAUUAUUUAUAUUUUUUGUAAGCGAAAAAAUUGAAAAAAUAAAAUAAAAACCUGUUUUAUUUUAAAUACUGCUACGUUUCAUUGCCACAUCCCUUCAGCACCACUAGUCCUAGGAAUGACAUAAUGAGGAAAGUUUACUAAAAAAAUUGAAGAUAUUGGCUAAAUAAAAAUGAUCAAAUGAUAAAAUUUAGGCAUAAAUAGUAAGUUUGCCGAAACAUAUAUUUUAUUAUUAUCUAGAAUAAGGCCGCUGUUUGGCCCACGGAUUCAUUGUCCAUAAUUACUAUAAGAAAAGCAAUUUUCAUUCAGAUAAUUUAGGUAACAAGUAAACCACAUUAAUUAGCCGCAAAAGACUUUAAUUAAACAUCGGGAAAUUUCAAUUGAAAUAAAAGUAAUUUUAUUAUUUAAACCCUAUAUACUUUGUUAUAAAUAUAACUUAUUACAUUUUAAAAUAUGUAAGAAUAAAUUGAAUCCUAUUAAUUCAAUUGUAUUUCAUUAACUUCAAUUUAUUGAAUGGUUUAUCUCAAUUAUUGUACAUUGCCUCAAUAAUAUCUUUAUAUUUUUGCUCCACAAUCCUCCUUUUUA